AUGUUCGCUCCCUCAUCUCACCUCCUAUCGGCGACCUCAGGUCAUCUCUUUCCACCGGCGACCUCGACUCAUCUGUUUCGACCAGCGACCUCGGGCUCACCUCACAUCACCGGAGACUACAACGACUGCUCAACUUUACAAGCCCUAAUUGUUGACUUGCUCAACCGACCGCUGUUCUCCACAUCUCCAACUUCUUGCCAUCCCAUGGUCUGUCAAUUAGAUCUAAUUCGCCAAAGAUCAGAUGCUUAUGAACCCAUGCAAUUCACUUAUCUUUUGCUCUGUAUGUUGAACAUUCACCAGGCAUAUGGGGACUCCUCAUUCCAGGAUUGUAAGAAAGCACGAAGUCCAGGUUCUGAAAGCCCUUCUGGGAUUCUUAAUGGUGAAAGCUUGAAAGUCGAAUCAAUUGCUGAUUUUGAUCUCUUCUUUAAGAGGCUGUAUAGCUACUACUGUGAAAAAGGUUUGUCCAUAGGUAACAGAUGUAAUGGAAGUCUUUAUCCAUCUUGGAGAGCCUUGUCAUGUUUGUCAGCUUCUUGUGUAGAUAGUUCAACAUAUCCAUCAAGAGCUGAUGUGAGAACUGGAUGUGAUCUAGAUGGGCUUAAACUUGUUGUGGAGGGAGCCUCUAUUCCUGAGUGUGCUAAUGGGAAAAGCAUUGUGAUACUCAUACCAGGAGCUGUGAGUGAUGAGGAUAUGGCUGUGACAGGAGCAGGUGCACAUGUACAUGACCAAGAUACAACCAAGCUUCCAUUUUUAUAUGAUUUUGAAGAACUGGAGGGCGAAUUGGAUUUUCUAACUCGUGUGGUUGUACUCACAUUCUAUCCUGCUGUGUCAGCCAGAACCCCUAUCACACUUGGUGAGGUAUCGUACAUUGACAACUUUACUUCCCAUCAUCUCACUUUAUUUGUUCCAAGAGACCUUUUUGCUUCUGAUAUGAGGUUAUGGGAACAUAUCAAUAAAAUCAAACAAGAUACUCAUACCGUUACCAUUACCAACCCUUUGCCCUCAUUUGAUGCAAACAACAAUCCCUUUUCUACUGAUGAUAAUUCGCUAAAAUCCAAAAAUUACAGUACCUCCUGGGUAAACCUGUUAUCGGGUGAUGGUGUUAUAUCCAUUUCACAACCAGUGCGACAAACUACUUUACAUGAUCCAUUUCUCAACACGUUUCAUGAUCAUGAUGAAGCAAGUGAGCCUCCUCCACCUAAGUUUUUUGAUACUUUUGUUUAUGGUAGUGGGUUUCCACAUGCAACUGAUGAAAGACCAUCGCCAUUGAUGAAAAGGGAAGCACCGUCCAUUGAUUUGCGAAAACCAGAAUUAAGCAGAAAUUGGUUAGAGUUGAAGUAUUUUGUGUUGGGUUUGCGGCUUCUUUUUGUAGGUGUUGGUGAAGGUGGGGACACUGGGGAUAUGUUUGGUAUGAGUGGAGGCGAUUCAGAUGUUGUUGUAGGAGAGGGAGUGGAUGGGGAAGGAGCAGAUGGGUGGCGUGGCCAGCGAGAGUAG